GAAGUGCUUUUAUAUAUGAGCACAGUAUAUAUAUGUAUGUAUGUUGAUUACCCUGCUUUCAAACUACUCCUAGAAUCUGCUUAUAUAUGAGCACAGUAUAUGUAUGUAUGUAUGUCUUGUUGGAGUCUAAUUGAUUACCCCGCUUUCAAACUACUCCUCGCAGCCUUUUCUUCUUCCCUUCCAAUUCUACUCCUCUUCUUACCCAUCCCUAUCUCCAGCUUUCGAUACAUCUCUUUCAUCUGAUAAUAUAUAAUCAAAAUCAUUCUCUUUUACAAGUUCCGAAAGUUCUCAUUACACUAAAAAAAUUGGCGAAAAUUUGAGUUACUCUGCACUUCAGCCCACCGUAACCCAUACGUAGAUUCUCCCUGGUCUUUGUGUAUGGAUAUUGAGCUCUUGAAGUCAGCUUCCGAAGACCAACUGGAUAUGAUGCUCAUGAUGCAGUCCGACAAACUACCCCCGGAAGUCUACUCCGCCGCCGCCGCUUACGACGAAGACGCCAACGAAAUGCAGAUGAUGAUGAAUUUCAGCCCUCAGCAGUACAUGCAUCAUCCUAAUAACAUGCAACCAGCUGCCACCAUAUCUUUCUCCGGCACCGGCUCCGACGACGACGAUCUCAUUUAUCAUCAAGAAUGGCGGGACCCCGUUACCGGAGAUAAUUACACGGGUGCGCCGAAACGGACGGCGACGUCGAUGGCGGCGAUUCGGGAGAUGAUAUUCCGGAUCGCGGCGAUGCAGCCGAUCCACAUUGACCCCGAGUCCGUGAAGCCCCCGAAGAGAAGGAACGUGAAGAUAUCGAGCGAUCCACAGAGCGUGGCGGCGCGACACCGGCGGGAAAGGAUCAGCGAGAGGAUAAGGAUUCUUCAGAGACUGGUCCCUGGUGGGACCAAGAUGGACACGGCUUCCAUGUUGGAUGAAGCCAUACAUUACGUGAAGUUCUUGAAGAAUCAGGUGCAGUCCUUGGAACGCGCUUCCGGCGGCAGACGGUCAAACGGGUCAAGUCCGACUGAGGCGGGGUUUCCGGGGACCAUGUCGUGUUCUUCAAAUCCCAUGACUGCCAAUUAUUUUCCAAUCACAGCGAAUGAUGAUGAUAAUGUCCAUUAUGAUUAUCAUUGACUUAUUAAUUGUGUUGGAGACCGUACGGACCAGAGUCAAAUGGAGAUUGAGGUGGGG